AUGGUAUUUUUCUAUCAUAAAAAUUGCAAGUUAAAUAAGAUAGAUAUGUCAACUGUUGCCAAGAAUAAUAACACUUCUGCUGCUGCUGGUGGUGCACCAAAGAAAGAUAGAGCACCAAAGAAGGAAAAUAACAGAGAGAACAAUAAGACUACUACCACCACUUCAACUGGUGGUGUUGCUGCCGGUGGUAACAAGCAGAGCAAUGGUGGUGAGAAGAAAGAUUAUCCAGUCGAUCCAAAAUUGGUUGCAUUUGAAAACAGAAUCAAUGAGAUGUUCGAACAGAGAACCACAUUGAUAAAGAAGAAGGAGGAAAUCAUUAAAUCGUUGAAAGAUAAGCGUCAGGCUGUCAAGACUCUCUACGACGCCAGCGGAAGCAAGUCGUCGGAGAAGAAAGAACUCCAAGACAAAAAGUCAGAGAUGUUGAAACAGCGUACAGAGAUGAUCAACACAUUGAAAAAGAUGAUCGAAGAACAAAAAGUACGUAGAGACGGAGUCGAUGCCCAAUCGAAGGACUUGCCAUUCCGUAUCAACGCUAGAACCACCUUGGAGGACGCCAUUCUCAGCAUCGAGAAGGCAGCCCAAGAAAUCGAAAAGGAGAUCGAAGCCGAACGUAAUCCAAACGUUCAACGUAAUUUAAUCAAGAAGCAAAGUGGAUUCAACGCCCAGCGUCGUUCGAUCACCGAAUUCUUUGCCACUCGUGAGACCAUCGCCCAGUUUGACACUGCCAUCACCAACCACAAGUCAAAGAUCGACCCACUCACCAAAGAGAUCGACGAUCUCGAAGCAAAGAUCAAGGAGAUCAAGGACACCGCCUCACCAAACAGCGACAAGAUCAAGAUCCUCAAGGACGAGAUCAACUCGAUGGACGCUAAGGUCAAGGAACUCCAAGUACAGAUCGACGCCGUCCAACCAAAGAUCGACGCCGAGAAGAUCGCCAGAACCACCUACAAGGAGGAAGCAAAGAAGUUGCGUAAGGAGCAACAAGAAAAGAAGAGAGCAGAGUAUUUAGAGAACGAGCGUAAGAGAACUGAAGAGCGUCAGAAGCGAGAGGAGGAGCAACGUCAAGAGGAACUCCGUAAGGUUCCAUACGAACAAGAGAUGUACAAAUGUGACAACCUCGUCACCUAUUUAGAGAGUUUGAAACCAAAGACCGUCGCCGAAAAGGUUACAGCCACUCAAGCCGUUAACACUGCCGACCUCGACGGAAUGGUUGCCCUCGCUCCAAAGACCCAAAAGUCACGUGGAGGUGCCAAGGACGACAAGAAGAAGAAGGAUGCCGCUCCAAAGCCAUUACCAGAGGUCAUCAGACACCCAAUGUCCGUAUUCUCUGAUUUCGAGUUGAUAUCGAUGGCUCCACCAUCAAAGUACGCCGACAUCGAUGAGUCCAUCGUCCAACUGCGUAGCAAGAAGGAACACUACAAAACUCUCUCUGCUCAAGUCAUGGAGCAACGUCAAAAGGCACAACAAGAAGCUGCCGAAGCCAAACCAACCACCACCACCACCACAACCACCGCCGCCACUGAAGAAUCAACCACCACCACCACCGCCGCCGCCACUGAAUCAAAAUCAGAAACCACCACCGCUGACUCUAGCGAAACUACUCCAGCUGCUACACCAGACACCAACGGUCAAGUUGAAGUUGAGGCUCAAUAA